AUGUCAUAUCACAUACGACGUUACAUUCUCAAUAAACUAAAAACAAAACUUCCGAAGUAUUAUAGCACAGUUGAACAACCAGAGCAUAACCUUUCCCUAGUUGGAAGAAACUUCUUAGAACCCUUAGAUUUUACUGCAGCUGAACUAAAAUCACUUUUCUGGACUGCUUCCGAAUUUAAGACCAUAUCAAAUGAUGAAUACAACAUCCAAGACUUGGAAAACAAAACUGCAACCCUUCUUCUCAGUGAACCAAAUAUCCAUUUUCAAAGUUCCAUACAUUUGGCCUCGAGAAUUCUAAAGAUACCCAUAAAUGUCAUCGUGGAUUCAACGUGGGAAAAUUGGCAGUUUCCCAAAGAUGCUGGAAGAAUUUUGGGCAAGACGUGCGAUAUCAUAUUCAUCAAGAGCAAAUUUCAUUUGAAAGCCAAGUCUUUAGCUGAUGGUGCGAAGAUCCCUGUGAUUAUAGUUUCCGACAAGAGAUAUGCUAAUCUCAGGGCUUUAUCCGAUAUUUUCACAUUGAGAGAACAGUUUGGAUUCCUGGAAAACCUUCAUAUUUGUUGGAUCGGAGCACCUACAUCACUUAUUAACACCUACUUACUCAGCAUGCCCCAAUUUGGCAUAAAACUCAAAUUUUUCUGCUGUCAUUUUCUAGGGGAAAAAGUGAGUCCUAUUGCUCUUUCCAAAGUUCGUACUUUGGGAAAAGAAUUCCUCGAAAGCUGCAAGGAAGCAUCCAGCAUGGAAGAUGCGUUAGCCCACAGCAAAAUUUUGGUUAUGGGAGCGAACCUUGGUGGACAGAAACAGAUAAACGAAGAGAAUUGCAAAGCAGCAGACCAUGAUUUCUUCAUUUUACACAGUAUGCCAAGAACAGAUAUUGAAAUAUGCCCAACGUUGUUUGAAAGUGAGAGGAAUCUGACUUGGGCGUCAUACAGAAAUUGCCAGUGGAUUUUGACUGCUUUUUUUGUGAGAACAUUAACGAACUACAAACAUUUUACUAAAGAACCGAAUUUUAUUGAGGAGAAAGCAAAGUAA